AUGGUCAAGCUUUCCGUGCACGUGGGAGGCAACGCCACCAUCAGCGGCAGCAAUGACCGUCAAAUCCUCGCUCUCGAAGCCAGCUUCGGCGCGGGGCUUCCGAAGACCAAGGCUGACGCGCUCUCCUUCUCCCUUGCGCAGAUGCAGCCCCUGCUUGCUUGUUCCGACCCCCUGCCUCCUCUCCCUUCAUUUCAGGGCCAGGCAGUGUUAGUGCAGCGAGGCGACUGCAGCUUCGCCUCGAAGGCCCUCCGCGUGCAGCGGCUGGGAGCAGCUAAUGCCAUCGUCAUCAACAGUGAAGAAGGUAUCAUUGGCAUGGGUUGCAACGCAACAGACUUGACUGAAGGCGUUGUGACUAUACCGGUGGUCAUGGUCUCCAACUCGUCAGGCCAAUUCCUCCUUCAAGCCCUCUCCAACGCCUCCGCCUCCCCCUCCGCCUCCGCCUCCGCCGCGCCAGUCACUGUGUCCCUGUACGCGCCUCCGCGGUCACUGCUGGACCUGGCAGAGUUGGUGCUGUGGGCGCUGGCGCUGCUGUCGCUCGUGGGCGCGUCCGCGUGGGCUGCCGCGGAGGAGAAGGCCGCGCUGGAAGGGAAGAGUGGCGCGGGGCAGUCCCUGGCGGACCAGCCACAAGGCGACUCCUCGGGAGCGUAUGACAUGUCAGUGGGGUCAGCAGUGGGUUUCGUGGUGAUGUCGUCUGUCAUGCUGCUGCUGCUCUUCUUCCUCAUGUCGCCCCUCGUCUUCUACAUCAUCCUCACGCUCUUCUGCGUUGCGGCGCUCGAGUCGCUCUAUGUGUGCCUCUCCUCGCUCCUCCACAGGCUCUUCCCACUCCAGUCUCCUCACGGCGUUGCUCUCCCCCUCCUUGGAUUCGUCUCCGGGCUCUCCCUCUCCUCCUUCCUGCUCUCCCUCGCCCUCACCAUCACCUGGGCUAUCUUCCGCAACCACCCUGAUGCAUGGGUGGCACAGGAUAUCCUGGGCAUAGCGCUGAUGAUCACGGUGCUGCAGGCAGUGCGUCUGCCCAACAUCAAGGUGUCCACUGUGCUGCUCUCCCUCGCUUUCUUUUACGACAUUUUCUGGGUCUUCAUCUCGCCGCUCUUCUUCAACGGAAAGAGCGUUAUGAUCGAGGUGGCAACAGGGGAGCGCACGGGAGGAGAGGGCAUACCCAUGCUGCUCAAGGUGCCGCACAUAACAGAUCCAUGGGGGGGAUACUCUGUGCUGGGCUUUGGCGAUGUCGUGCUGCCAGGCCUCCUCAUCGUCUUCAGCAGAAGGUAG